UGCUGAAGCUCUGGCCAUGGCCGCGGACCUCCGAAGAAGAUAAUGUAGAGAGAGAGAGAGAGGCAAAUGUGAAGCUCUCACUCAGUGGAAGUGAUGUAUAAGUGUGAAACAUACUAAGCACAUUGCGAAAUUUGAAAAACCUUCUUCCUGAAUCUCGAAAACCGCCGUCGGAAGCAUUUGCGGAACGGAAAUGGAGUUUCCGGCGAUGGUAGUGUUUGCAUUUUUGGUUUUGCAGGUUACAUUUGCGUUGGCUUUACCCGAUUGUGAUUUUCCGGUAGUUUUCAACUUCGGCGAUUCGAACUCCGACACCGGCGCCAUUUCCGCUGCUUUCGAGCCCAUCCGAUGGCCAUAUGGAGAUGUAUUCUUCAACAAGCCAUCCGGAAGGGAUAGCGACGGCCGUCUGAUCAUCGAUUUCAUUGCCGAGAGAUUGAGAUUGCCGUAUUUGAGUGCUUAUCUGAAUUCGCUUGGCGCUAAUUUCCGGCACGGCGCCAAUUUCGCCACCGGCGGAUCGACUGUACGGAAGCCGAAUGAAACCAUUUAUGAAUAUGGAAUUAGUCCAUUUUUCCUUGACAUGCAGGUUACUCAGUUCGAACAGUUCAAAGCUCGCUCCAAUGAUCUCUACAACCAAGCCAAGAACCCAUCUGACAGAGAGAAACUUACAAGACCAGAGGAUUUCUCCAAAGCACUCUACACUUUUGAUAUUGGGCAGAAUGAUUUAGCUAUGGGGUUUAGAAAGCUGAGCAUCGAUCAACUUCGUGCUGCGUUGCCCGAAAUCGUUAACCAGUUUGCCUCUGCAGUUCAAAGAAUAUACAAGCUUGGAGGGAGAUCAUUUUGGAUACACAAUACAGGGCCAUUUGGUUGCCUCCCAGUGAACCAAUUUUACACUCUAAACCCAGCCCCUGGCAUCCUUGAUGAGCACGGUUGUAUCAAGGCUCAAAAUGAUGUCUCUAUGGAGUUAAAUAAUCAGCUCAAAGCAAAAUUGGAGAAGCUUAGGGCAGAGCUCCCAGAUGCUGCCAUUACCUAUGUGGAUGUCUAUGCUGCCAAGUAUGCUCUUAUCAGCAAUGGCAAAACUCAAGGGUUUCCCAAUCCGCUCAAGGUGUGCUGCGGGUACCACGUAAGGUAUGACCAUGUGUGGUGUGGGACAAAAGCACCCAUAAAUGGAAGCUUGGUGUUUGGAGAUGCCUGUGAAAACAGAGCUCAGUAUGUGAGUUGGGAUGGAGUCCAUUACUCUGAGGCUGCUAAUCACUUUGUGGCUAAUCACAUUCUCAAUGGUUCGUUAUCAAGCCCUCCUAUUCCAAUCACGAAAGCCUGCCAUAGGAGUUAGAACUACUAUCUUUCGGUAGGCAUUAUUGAAGUUCCACCAUUACUAAUAUUGAGCAUGUAUUUUGUAGUAGUACUUAAUAAAACCUUAAACUUUUGAGUUCGGUGAUGA